UCAAUACAGACUUCAAGUCUUCGAGUAAUGUAACGUGAACCUGGAUUAUAUAUUUAUAUCACUUUAUAGGAACUACCGAAGUUAUCUAAUAUAUUUACCAUAGGUUCGAACCUUGUUCAAGCAGGCGAUAUAUUUAGUACCUAUAUGGCCGUUCGCAGUAACUUCUGACCAGACGACUGGACAAUACCGUCGGGUUAGCGUUACGACUGGACGAAUGACAGCUCGUUGUGAAAAGAAAAAUUCAAAUACAACUAUUUUUAUUUUGAUGAAACAAAACGGGCCCCGACAUCAAUUCUAAUGUAUACAACGAACAAAGAAUAAAGCCGAGUUGUGCAUUUUAAAGAAAACUCGAACGGACAUUAGGCUGUGUGUCCUUAGAGGAGUCUAACCAGACAACAAGCUGUGUAUCCUUAGAGGAGUCUAACCAGACAACAAGCUGUGUAUCUUUAGAGGAGUCUAACCAGACAUCAAACUGUGUAUCUUUAGAGGAGUCUAACCUGACAUCAAGCUAUGUAUCUUUAGAGGAGUCUAACCUGACAUCAAACUGUGUAUCUUUAGAGGAGUCUAACCAGACAACAAGCUGUGUAUUUUUAGAGGAGUCUAACCAGACGACGAUCUGUGUCCGUUCUGACAAUAUGACAGCUAAAAACGAAGACAGUGACUAUGGAUCAAACGACUUUGAUUUAAAUAGUGUUGAAAGUGAUAAUAAUAUUUUAACCAUAACAAAUAAACAGAGUUUUUUCUCCCAAGACAUGUCCUUUUCCAAACGUAAACAGAGUGCCUUUCCAAGUGUACCUCAGCUAGAGGAUCCAACUAUAGUGAAGAACACUGUGAAUAAAAAUCUCUCUGUUCUUACAAGUAUUAUCUAUGCUGUGUUUUUGGUGACGCUAGGAGGCCUGAUUACUCUGGCUGAUCAAAGCAAGACAAGAAGAUACAAAGCUGAGAUAUUCAGCAUCGUCGUUGCUGUUCUAGGAAUUAUCUGGCUGAUAUUUGUACACUUUGAUAUUCACCGCUAUAAAGAACAUGGAGUUCUUGAAUUGAACAAAUCCAUGGAAGAGGGCGAGAUCCGCAGAAGUCAGACGGCCAACGUUUUUGUUGAUAGGAGAAACAAAGACACUCCGCCCUACCUGUUUCUUAAGGGGCGUCAUGGGGGCAUUUUUUAUCUCAAAAUAGGAAUGGCGGUUUUUUGCUUCGGUCACUUGAUUUACGAGGGAUUACACUUUGUUCAACAAGUAAUUUUUCUGACGAAACAAGACACCAGUUGUGUAGAUGUUACAGGCAUUGUUCUUCACGUAAUCACCCCUGUUUACUCUUUCUAUCAACUGUUCAUCUGCUUCAAGUACGCUAAUGUGAUAAUCAAUAGACUGAAACCGUUCGCAAGGUUUGGACUGAUACAUUUGUUCGGAACGUCUUUAUUUUUCUGGCUCAGCACCGUUGUUGAGGAUGCUUUACAGGACUACAACCUGUUUAUUAGCAACUCAGUAGUUCAAAGUAACACCACCAGUGUGAAUUUUAUUACAAAUUCAAGUAGUCCAAGCAAGGAAUGCGUGAGGAAAUAUUUCCUGUUAUCGCCCUACUUAGUCCGUGCAGUUCGGUAUCUAUAUCCCUUCACCAUAGAGUAUAACCUGCUUCUAGCGGGCGUCUGGUUCGGUAUGUGGCGGAACAUUGGCAAAGACCACAAACACGCCAUGGCACAGCAUCUUAUACGGAAAAAAGAUGACGAUGUUAGAUUUGAAAGUAACCUCGUUCUCAAUGUAGACUGUCAUUCGGCAAACAGAGGGCUUUUCGUUGGGCUGUUUCUCUUGUUUGUCACCAUAGUAACAUUAAUCGUCUUCUUUGUUGCAAUGAACAGUGAUAAGUAUGUUGAAACUGGAGUGGAGCUCCAAGUGGUCCAGGAGAUGAGCUUACUUGUUUUGGGUCUUAUUUCUGUGUCGCUCGCCUGGCGUCAAAUAGCCAAGUUGGACGUCAACGUCUACUCAGUAACGUUUCUUGACGACUUCCUCAUGUUCUUCACUUUGCCAUUUUUCUUCAUUAAUGGAAUUUUGACGGUAUGGGCGGAGCUACAAGACACUAACUACGUCAGGGUGAUUCUGAACGUGCUUGAAAUUAUUCAAGUUAUCUUUCAGACAGUUUUCAUUAGCGACGGAUUGCGCCGUUGCAGCAACAAAAGUGAACUCCAAUUCAGAAAGCCCGGAAGGGAAGUCAUAACUUUUUUGAUCAUCCUGAAUGUGGCCCUGUGGAUCGUGAACACCUUCCAGCACAAGAGCAUCGAGUCCUUCCUAGCACCCGAACGCCAUUAUGGGAUCCAGUGGAUGUUUGUGGAGCACGCUACCCUCCCCCUCAUGUUGUUCUACAGGUUCCAUUCUUCCGUCUGUCUUGUUGACGUCUGGCAAUCGGCUUAUAAGAAAGGGGAAUAGAAAGGACUCGAAUGUGGGGACAUUUCGAUGCCAUGCUUCGUUUUCGGAGGUUUUUGGAACACUAUGGACAUUUCUUACAGUGUGAUUGUUACCACGGAAACAUCUUAUCAGCAUUAUUGUUUGUUUUAAUCGAAACAGUAUUAUAUUUUAUUCAUUUGAAUAUUAUAGUUUGUAAAGGGAAAAUAAUAAAUAAUUCAACUACAUCCAAGAUGAAGGUUGAUGAGACGCAGGUUCAUGUAAUUAACGGAAUCUCCAUCCAAACAGUAAGUAGCCAUUGGAAACAACACGAACUUUAAGUCAUAGACUCUUCCCUCCGCAGGUCACAAGUGUUUAAAAUAUUCACUCACACAAGUCUGAAAACACUCUGGGUUUUAAACCACACGUGUUUGGAUUAUUCACUCACACAAGUCUUGAAACACUCCGGGUUUAACCACACGUGUUUGGAUUAUUCACUCACACAAGUCUUGAAACACUCUGGAUUUUAAACCACACGUGUUUGGAUUAUUCACUCACACAAGUCUUGAAACACUCCGGAUUUUAAACCACACGUGUUUGGAUUAUUCACUCAUACAAGUCUGAAAACACUCCGGAUUUUAAACCACACGUAUUUAGAUUAUUCACUCACACAAGUCUGGAAACACUCCGGAUUUUAAACCACACGUAUUUAGAUUAUUCACUCACACAAGUCUGGAAACACUCCGGAUUUUAAACCACACGUAUUUAGAUUAUUCACUCACACAAGUCUGAAAACACUCCGGAUUUUAAACCACACGUAUUUAGAUUAUUCACUCACACAUGUUUUGAAACACUCCGGAUUUUAAACCACACGUAUUAAGAUUAUUCACUCACACAUGUCUUGAAACACUCCGGAUUUUAAACCACACGUGUUUGGAUUAUUCACUCACACAAGUCUGGAAACACUCCGGAUGUAAAGCCAAUCUAACAUCCCUCCGGUGGUUUAGCGGUAAGUCAGUGCUCAUAACACUAAAUAUCGGGUUUUGAUACUUCCGGUGAGAACCGAACAGCCCUAUUUACCUGCCGGUUUGGAGAUAGUACAGGUUGAAUAUGUUACCUGUAUCUUGUUUGUCUUACAUCUUUAGAAAGAUUGUUAUUAGUUAUGAUUUGGUGUUCAACUUACGUUCGAGUCGUUGUUGGAACUACAUCUUUCAAUCGGCAGAAAUUACUACUUGAUUAUACUCUACUUGUUUAGUUCGUAAGUCAAGAUAAAAACUUCUUUACUACGUUAUCCGUUUACUGACGCACAAGUACGUCAUUUCCUAUAUUUCGAUAUAAGACUCGUUUUGUGUUUCCACCAUGUUAGUUAGCACUUGUAAAUCAAUACACUAUCGUUAUCGGUUUGAAGUCGAUGCCGUGAAUUAACUUUACACAAGAAAUAUAUGAAGCACGUUUAGAAUUUAGAAAAUUGAACACAAAAUAAACAAACAAUAUGUUCCAGAAGAUGGACAGUGAAGAAAAAUUAAUAUAUCCUUUAGACAUUUACUGUCUUCUUAAAUUUAGCAAACAAGGGACUUCUCCAUCCUUUUAAAACAGAAACUAUACUAAAAUAAUCUUAUUAGGUCCUAGUCAAGAAAAUAUAAGUCGUUA